AAACUGCUAUCCAGCUCAUUCUACAUUAUACAGUGGCAGUUAUUGCUUCCAGUUUAUUCUGCACUGCAAAUAGUUUCUUCAAGAAAAAAAUGGAAAACGAAAAGCAUUUAAAAGAAGGUUGCCUUCAUGAUGUGGAGCUAUCUAAGCCAAAAAGUGGAAAUUUUAAAAGAUGCAAGAUGUUGGCAAUAAUUGUGUGUCUACUUAUGACAAUAUCAAUUAUUCUGCUGUUAUUUACUUUGAAGAAUCUAAGACACCAGAAACCUGAAAAGGUCUACGAUGCGGAAUACAAAUUUUUCAGCAACGGAGAAAAAACAACCGUAUUGAUGGAAAUUGAUCCACAGAAUAAAAUUGAAACUUUCUGGAGUAAGAACGGCACAGAAGAAGCUGUGGAAAUUCAUGAUUUUAAACAAGGUAUAACUGGAAUCUUUUUUGCUGCCCUCCAAAAAUGCUUUAUUAAGAAACAGACUAAAGAAAUCCCCGAGAUUGAUAACAGUGAGUUAAUGGAACUUCAGGAGGAAGAAAUCACCACAACAGUAUUUGAACAGUCCAUACUAUGGAUCCCAGGAGAGAAACCAAUUGAAGACAAAGAAUUUAUGAAAAAUUCCAAAAUUUUUGAAGUAUGUAAGAAUGUUUCUGUGCACUGGAUUUAUCCAACCCAAAUCACAGCUCACGAGUUUCAAGAUUUUGAAGAUGGGGAGGAUGAGGAUCAUGUUUUAGCAAGUAAAGUAGCCAGGCCCAAGGACCAAAGUGAUGGAAAGCCAGAUGUAAAUGCAAUGGGAAAGAAACGCCAAGUUCGUGACUUGACUGAUGAAGACCUUCCAGUUAAUGAUUAUCGAGAAGUCGGGCUUGACUUUCAUCCUAUGUGGGAUCACAGAGGCUUCUGUUGUAUUCAUUGCCGUCGUGGCCAAAGAUACUGCCAACGAGUUUGUGAGCCCCUGCUUGGCUACUAUCCAUACCCCUACUGCUAUGGAUCCGGACGUGUGAUAUGCAGAGUUAUCAUGCCAUGCAAUUGGUGGGUGGCUCGAAUGCUGGGCCGAGUGUAGACACAUCUGAACACAUUUUCAACCUUUUAAUUCAGUUGAACAGUUAAAUAUUAUUACUUUAUGUAACAAUAUACAUUUUUAACUGAUUUUUUAUAUGAUAAUCGUUUCUAUAUUACAAAUAUUCAUUAUAUAAAAGAUGUAUAAUACAGAUUUUUUUUUUACUAAAAAAUAAAAGUUGGUGUUGAGUCAGAAACAAUGUGAUAGAUUUCCCUAUGCCCAAUAAAUCUGUCUCAGUAGCACAAAAAAUGUUCAGAGAGCAGGAAGCUUUGACAUAUCCCAGUCUGUAUAUCAAGCUGAAUACAAAUAUAAAGCAAUUCAUCAGUAAAUUACAAUACUGCCUUUUGUCUCCUGCCAAAUUAAAACAAGACUUAUGUACCAUAUAUAUCAUCAUUUACACCCACACAUACAGUAAAUGCUAGUUCUAAUUCCCCUAUUUAGUAGAAACAGGAAUAUUAUCUAGCAAACAUUGAAAAGGUGGUAAAUUUGUGUUUAUUCAGCAAAGUGAAUGAAAAAUAAGUUAAGCUUAUUGGUUGAAUUAGAAAAGGGUAGACUUGUAUGUAAAUUGCAAACAGAAAAUCUAUGUUGUUAGAACUGAGCCUCUUGUUUACAGGUGUAAAGGCAAAUGCUAAGACAAUACACAAAUAUUUGAACUAAAACAAGAGCUCUCAUAUACCAAUACCCAUAUACAUAUGGCAGCAUAAGGUAUAGUCUGGUAGGCAAAAGGUAAAUGAAAUAAUCCUAGACCAUUCCAUUAGCAUGUGCAUGCCCUCUUACCACAUAAAACAAUUUGCCUAUGCAGAGCCUAUAUAUUUUCAAGUGUAGUUACUGAUUGGCUAUAAAGUCUAGUGCAGAGAACUCUGGCUGUAAGAUAAUACAGAGGAUAAAAAUGCAAAGUUGUAUCAGUUGUCAAAUCGGAAAGGCACCCAUAUGAGAAAAGGCACUCAAUAUAGGGGAAGGAGCUAACUUGGCAGUUGCCUAUAUUUAUUAAUGAGAAAACCUUCUCUGAGUAUAUGGUUGUGCCAUUUCAUGCACUUCUUCUCUUUAACCAAGACUUAAAGUCACUUAUGCAGUGCAGUAAACAAAGAACAUCAUGUGCAUAUUAUAAGAAUUAAUUGAUAUCCAUAUGGUGUUCAUAUUUCCUUUUUCCCAUAAGGAUAACAGAACAAAUAUAACUGUCUAUAGGUGUCCGUACAUCCUUUUAAAUUCUGGGGUCACAUAUUCAUUUCUCCACUUUAGAAGAUCCAUUAAAGGGAUAUGAAACCCACAUUUUUUUUUCUUUUGUGAUUUAGAUAGAGCAUACCAUUUUAAACAACUUUCAAAUUUACUUUUAUCUAAUAUGCUUUAUUCCCUUGGUAUCCUUUGUUGAAAAGUAGUAGGUGUUGUACUGUAUUUUUGUGCAAAAUUUCUUUGAAAUAAAUAUGUGCUUACUAUACACACAGUAUCAAAUAUACAAUAUUUUAGAACAUUUAUAAAAAAAAAUUUGUCAACUUUUAAAUAUGAAUGUUUUAAUAUAAAUGUCUGUAAAACUGUGAAACAAAAUUGUAUUCAUAUUAAAACAUUUGACUUUUUUCUAUAAAUAUUAUAUUUAAUAGGAUUUAGCAAAUAAUUAAUAUUUUGUGAUCCUUAUACAUCAUGGUAGUCCAAGAAUAAAGAAUAUCCAACCACA